CAUCUCCUCUUGAACUUCGACCUGACGUGAGCAACGUCACAAAUUGAGAGCGAGUGCAACCAUUAUACUAUCCAUUCAUCGCUGAAGAGAGUUCUCGAUAAUGCAAGAUAUUUGAAUGAUUUUGCCAGAACGCAACAAUGCCUGUUCGUACAAGUGAGGAGAUUAUAUAUCAGUGAAGAAAAAUUUGAGAGUACAAGACAGUAACCGACUUCGGAUAAUAUUGUACUCGACUUUGCACGGUUUCUGUGGGACGUCGCGCUACUUCUAAGUAUUCAAGGAAUUGUAAAGUGGAUUACUUCUGACAAGAUACGACCCAGAGGUACAUGACAUCAAGAAUGGUGAGCAUUACAUCGAAACUGAUUGCCACGACGGCAUUCAUAGUAGGCCUGUUGUUUCUUGACAUCACUUCAUCAACGUCGCCAUCACUGUCCGCACCGAGCGGGUGGUCAUCUACGUGUACACCGAUGUGCAACUGCACCAGAAUUCCUCUGCGGUUGAACGUCGGUGUUCCCAGACCGCUUUCACAUUCCAGUGAGGAUAAAGGCAAAUGCUUGUGCCAAGGAAACGGAUUGAUACCUGACGAGUACCUGGAUGUUUUUGUGUUGGAGGUGGAGUUCAUAGAUCAUGUUGUUCUUGACAAUGGAUCUUUUACCAACUAUUCUUUCAUUGACUUGUACUUUUUGACCCUCUCGGGGGUCGAGUAUAUCAAACCAGGUGGAUUCAGAGCGGUAGCCGGUAUCAAACAACUGGUCUUCAGAGGCAUGUUUGUUGCAGUCCUGGAAAGGAGUGUGUUCAUGUACUUGGAGCGACUGGGGGGAAUCCAUGCAGAAAACAAUAACAUUAACGUUCUCAAGGAUGGGUGUUUUGAAGGCCUUGACUCGGAGCUCCGGAACCUAAGCUUGGCUAAUAAUCAUAUCUUGGGUGUUUCCAGGGAUAACUUCAUAGGCUUGUCAAUGUUACAAAGGCUGGAUCUGUCAAAGAACAACAUCGCUCAACUCGGGCCACAAACCUUUGGACUGAUGCCGGAGCUUCGCGUUCUUAAACUCUCCACAAAUGCAAUCGUACGAAUCGAGCAAGGUGCUUUUCUUAAUCUGAACAAACUAGAAAUGCUGUACCUUGACGGAAACCAAAUUCAGGUACUACCCGAGCCUCAGAUAAAAGGCAUAGAGUUCCGCGAAGUGACAGUGAUCCUGCACAACAACCCCCUCCAAUGCGAUUGUCGUAUGGACUGGAUAAGCACUUGGCUCGAUAUCGAGGGUAUACACUGCACAGGUACCUGUCAAUCACCCGAAAACUUCAAAGGCCACACCUUGGUAACCGCGUACAGAGACCUAUUGCCACAAUGCAGAGAUAAUAACUCCGAGAUCCAUGUUGCAACAGGAAGCAUGGCUACUCUUACCUGUCCAAUUGCUUAUGCCUCCUGGGUUGUUCCGGGUAAUGUAACUCUCCAGAAGACCGGACAGAGCGACGAUCAUUAUUUCCUCACCAACCGGGACUCUCUAGUGGUAUGGAACACCCAACUGCAGCAAGAGGGUGUUUACACGUGUAUGACGGAGGAAGGAGACCAAUUAAUGGUGUACAAUCUCAGCGUCCACAAGUCCGCAAGACGUAUUGCAAUAAUAACCGUCUUCGGAAUCCUUGUCACCAUCGCUGUGUUAGCUGUUUGUUAUUGCUGUCGUCGAUGUCACCGCAGUCAGAGACGAGGGUAUCGGAAUUUGGAAGACCCGCAACGGAGAGGGGUGGAACAUAGAAAUCACAUCGACAUUGGAAAUGUUCAAAGAGGCCCGCAAGGAGAAGGUCUUGACAAUCAGAGAAUCAACAUCAACCUAGACGUCUAUGACAUCAAAACUGAAGAGCAGAUUAAUAAAGUGAUUAAUGAAGGAUUGUUCUAAACGAUUGUACAUUUGGGGGAAAGUGCCGCCAGUAAUGUCAUCGCAAAAUAACGGUUUUGUUUCGUUAUACAGUUGUUUAACAUUUUGAAACAGGAUGGCAAUUCUUUUUAUGAAAAAUAUGAUUACCAAUGCAAUAGGAAGGAAGACAUCUUCUCGAGGGCACCAUUAUCAAAGAGGCAAAAGCUAGGGCAAUAUGAUUUUGUUUUGUAUUGGAGACAUACUACAAGAUGCAUUCUAGAUCGAUCUAUGUACAUUGCAAUACUUGUAUUUCUAUUUUUUUUUCUCGUAGUUCGUAGUUAUCAGUUUUUAGAUCAUGUUUUUAACAAUGUUAAGAUUCCCUAUUAUGUCUUCCUUGAGUAUUCACAUUCGGGAAAGUAAGUCUUGGAAUAUUUGCCAAAUUCUUUGUUUUAAAUGGAAUUGACGAACAAUGCUUUAUAAUGAAAAUAAGUCCAGUUUAUAUGUUAUCAAAGGCUGCAAAAUGUAAGCAAUAAAGCAUUUAGUUAUGAUAGUCGCUUCUCGAAGGUUGCAUCUGUUCUCAUUUACAUCAUAGUUUAUAUGUUAUCUCAUGCUGCAAAAUGUAAGCAUUAAGCAUUUAGUUAUGAUAGUCGCUUCUCGAAGGUUGCAUCUGUUCUAUUUAAAUCAUAGUGUGAUAUGAUCUUGUGUGAUCCAUAGGUAAAUAAGAUGCUUUCGAUUACUCAAUAUAAUUAAAUCAUAUUUCAUGUAGACCUAAAGAGCAAAUUAUGACCACACUUGCUAUAUAUUAUAUUAAUGAUUCAUUUUACGACUUUUUAAAAAAACAUAACACGUUAUGUUUACGCGAUCUACAGGAUAUAAAACCCUGGGUAUGAUAUAACAAUUCAUGAUAUAUAAUCAGUAGGUGCAAUGUUGAACCAAGUAACUUCUUGGUUGAACAAAUACGGUGCAUACAUAUUGUGAUUUUGAAUAAAUUUCAAUGUAUAUGUACAUAAAUGACACUACUGCACCUGUGAUUCCCAAAUCAAGUUAAUACACAUUAAAAAAAAAGAAAACAAAAUGAAGAUCCAUCCAUUUUGUUCCACAAAGUUAGCUUCGUCUUUUUCAUGUGUUGUUUACAUUGUAGCUUUGGUACUUCUUUUCAUAAAGCAUAGUAUGAAUAACCAAUAUUAUAUUUGUUAUUAUAUCAUGCAUCAAAAAUGUAUUGGUUUUUGA